AUGUCACCACCUCGAACUCCAGAUUGGGAUACAGCCGGCGAGGCCGCAGACCAGAACACCUCAACCACUGAAACACGCGACAUCGCACACAAGAACGAUCAGGAUGAUGCGAAGAAAACACAUAUCGCCGAGAGAGAAAUGGCGACAGCCAUUGCCGGAUCUUGGGAAGAACGACCUGCAAAAAAGAUGAAGAGAGGAAAAUACAUAUCUAGAGCUUGUGUGAGGGAGGAGAUCCAUGUCGACAAUGCGUCGCGAAACGACUCCCAUGCCAAUCUUCUGCUCCAAGAGGCGAACAACGAGGCCGUCGCGACUCAAGGACAGGUCCCGUUGGAGGUCAGGAUCAGGUUCCUUACCCCUCAAAUGACAGCUCGCCUGGAGGCAGUAGAGAGUCAUCUACGCCUCAUGCGACCACCUAGCCCCGACCUGUCCAGACCAGCAUAUAACCACGCAUCUGUCAACGGCCAACUCGAACCUUCGACAGCCAAACUACAAAGCGCGUUGGAGACAGAUGGACAGACGUUCGCUGGGGAGAUGACCAUGACUCCGACAUUUGAAGAUGAGAGCGAUCGCUUGGAUCACAAUAGCACAGUAUCAUCGGCGAUGCGUGUGGACUACUCUUCCCCAGCAUCCUCGCUCCACCCCCCAGCAACGUCACCAAGCGAUGUGACAGGUAGAAAGAGAGGAUGGUUCGAGCGCCUACUCGCGCGGCAUGGAGUUGUCACCGAUCAGCAGCAAUGCAAGUAUCACCUACAAGUCUACAUGGACGAGGUGCAUCCUAUGUACCCUGUCGUCCACCCUCCGGCAGUUUGGGACAUCUUCAACGAGAUGUGGGAGCACCCAAGUUCCAGCUCCUCCACCCAGUCAGGUCAAAGUGAACAACUUCGUGUCUCGGUUGCUUUGGUCUGCUUUUGCUUAGCACUUGGAAGAUGCAGCAUGUCCGCGAGAAUGAGUGAUCCCAGCGGCGUCGAAUCUUCCGGUUGGAGCUUGUAUAAUGUGGGAAUGAGUUUGCUCGGCGAUUUACUUGAAACUAGCAAUACCGCUAUAAAGUCGCUGUUGAUGUUGCAGGUGUUGAUGGUGAGGAUAAUGUACAUGUUCCGACUGGACGCAAACCAGAAAGCAGCAAGGGUUCAUGCUCUUGCAGUGUCUGUUGCGCAAACAAUCGGUUUGCAUCGCCAAAGCACAAUUGACAGUAUGCCAGCUUACUACAGCCAGCUAUACUCACGCACUUGGUGGUCUUUGUAUCUCUUGGAUCGCCGACUAGCUCUUGAGUCAGGGAAGCCAUAUUUCAUCCAAGACAGCAACGUUGAUACAUCACUACCCUUGGAUCUCAGCGACGAGUGGAUGACACGAUUUGCGUCAAGAAAGGAGACUAUAGCUGAGCUCCAGCACGAAGUAGCUGCUGAAGUUGCUAGGAAUGCAUCCCCUUCAUGUGUCCCAUAUAUCCUUGCCAUGGUACGCUAUUGCCGUGUAGCGGGCAAGACAUGGGAAGUUCUGUACGGCGUCAAGUCAUCAACUGCCUCCAUGUCAGCUAUGGUCGAAUAUGUCGAUACUGCCAUAGGCAAACUUCUCAACACGGUCCCGACAUGUCUACAAUACGACCUAGAUGUCUCUUAUGAAGCCCAAUUCAGCACGAGGACACGAUGGCAAGUCAAGCAAACAUUUCUCUUCAACAAUUGCUGUACAUAUCUGCGUCUUUUAAUCAGAAGGCCGCUGUUGCCAAGUUCAAGUGCUAUAUACCACACAGAAGAAGACGAUCUUGAAUCGUCAAUAGAGUGUGCUAGUCUUGCUGCCCGGAUCCUUACAACACAUCAAAACAUAAAAGACGAUGGACUCAAGUAUAGCUUCGCACUCAGCCACUACGUCACCAGCUGUGCAAUUGUCAUGAUUGGUUUAGUGUCGAGGGAACCGGGUUCCAAGAGAAGGUACCGAGGCCUCAUACUUGCAGCCACUCAGUGUCUGAACGAAUACUGUCAGAAGAUCUGGGUUUCCGGAAAGAUGAUGCGCUGCGUGUCUAGGCUAAGUCGACUUGUUAACCGCGUUUUGGCUGUGGAGUCACCAGGAAGCCAGGAUCGUCAGAGCCCAUCGAACAUAAGGCGGGACUCGGUAUCGGUAUCAGAGCGAUUGACACAACACCUAACACCACCCCAAACUGAAGAUCAAGAUCCCAUGCAAUACAGAGUGGAGAUGUCUAACAUGUACAACAAUCAGCUCAAAGACCUGAGCAUGGAUUCUAGUAGCAGUAUACAAAGGGAUCAAGGAGCGGGUUAUUAUUCAUUCACUACCGAAUCCUUGGGCACAAUGGCCCAGAGACCAACGGGAAGCCUCAGCAAGCUACCCACAGGUUGGCUAGCUGAACCAAAUUCUGAUCCUCGAGAUAGCUGGAUCAUGUCAGACUUCAAUUUUGAGACAUUCGGGGAACGGUUUGGCCCCAACGAUGCGGAGCUGACGACAUUCGUUGAAAAUGAUACCCUUGAUUUUGCCCGGGGUAUGGGUCUGACUUCUGACCGAGGACCUAGUGAGGCAAGACUCGGGGCUCUGGGUGUUAAUGGCGUGUUUGAUCUUGAUAUGGACUUGGUUCCUACUAUGAUGAAUCUUUACGCAGGUUAG